AUGGCAGGGAUGAAGUUAGGGAUCCUCCUCUUCGGAUUCUUGGUGACCCUGAGCCUGUGCCAGGCAUCUGGAUCUUCCAUAAAUGAUAUCUUGGAGACGCUGCCAGAUCCAUUCUUUCUGAGCAGCACUAAUGAAGCCAAGGAGCUGGUGGAUGCUGCAUACAAGUAUGAACGGGACAGGGCAAAAGAGGCCAUAGGGGAAAAGGACGCCAGCCCAUCAGAUUUCCUGAAACAUUUAAAGGAUCCAGUGGCAGGAACCAGGUCUGCAAUCCGAGCUGCCGAUUACAUGGAAACCACCCUGAGCCUCCUGAAGAAGAAGCUGCGUCGGCUCAUGAAAGGAAAGUUUAAUAUCACAGAUGUACUAAGUAGGAAGCAGAAGGAAAUUAUUUCCAAGGCAACUGGUUGUGACUAUCAGAUUCGUUCCAUUAAGUGCCCGAAGAGUAGCAUUUACCGGACCAUUACUGGAGAAUGCAACAACAGAGAAAGCACAGCCCAGGCGGACUGGCUUGAUGAGGAUAUCAUGGUAGUAACAUACAGAGACUACUUGCCACUUCUGCUUGGAGAUGAGACUGAGAAGGAAAUACCAUGCUACACGGGGUAUGAUGAAUCUGUGGAUCCCACCGUGGCAAAUGUAUUCUCCUUGGCUUUUCGGUUUGGUCAUAGUUCAAUACAGCCUUUUGUGAACCGUUUAGAUGAACAUUUCCAACCUUUGGGUCCACAUUCCCAGGUGCCUCUUCACCUCACAUUCUGUGCUUCCUGGAGGGUUGUAAUGGAAGGUGGCAUUGACCCGCUUCUCCGUGGUCUGCUGGUUGACCAUGCAAAACUAAUGAAACAGAAUCAAAUGGUGGUUGAGGAGCUCCAGGAGCGGCUUUUUGAACAGGUAGAAAUAAUUGGACUGGAUCUAGCAGCCUUAAACCUGCAACGUGGAAGAGAUCAUGGUCUUCCGGGGUAUAAUGCCUGGAGGCAAUUCUGUGGGCUCUCACAGCCUCGCAACUUAGCUGAACUCUCUGAAGUGCUGAGAAAUCCUGAGCUGGCCAGGAAGUUCAUGGACCUGUACGGGACACCAGACAAUAUCGACAUCUGGAUUGGGGCUAUGGCGGAGCCGUUUGUUCCCAAUGGCAGAGUGGGACCUCUCCUGGCUUGCAUCAUUGGAUUGCAGUUCAGGAAAUUGCGAGAUGGGGACAGAUUCUGGUGGGAGAAUCCCGGGGUUUUCACUCCACAGCAGCGCCGGGCCCUGAGCAGCAGUUCAUUGCCGCGGGUUCUCUGUGAUAACACUCGCAUUAGAGAGGUGCCCAGGGACGUGUUCAAGGUCAACCGCUAUCCUGAGGACUUUGUGAACUGCAGAAUGAUCGACAGUAUUGACUUGUCACCUUGGAGACAACGCAGUAACUAGGGAGUGGAAGCUCCAGUUAUGUCAUCAUAGAAGGCAAUCAGGUUGGUCAGGCAUGACUUGCCCUUGGUGAAU